AUGUUGAGCCUAGAAGUAAAUGAAAAGGAACAAGCGCCUCUGGGCCAGCGAAUCCGUGCGGUGGGCAUGUGUUUUUACAAGAAAGGGGACCUUAAGAAAGGGAAUAACUACCAGCUGCGUAGGAAUCGCGACAAUCCCAAAGACACUAACUGUUUCGAGGUUCGGAGCCGGCAUAUCACGAUGGCGACUAUAAACGUGAAUUUCUCCCGUCUCUUGGAGCCCUUCGUGGGUGAAAAUAUUAUCUGGGAACUGACAUGGUAAGUAUAUUGUAUGUGAUGUUAAGUUCACGAAAAAAAUAUUUCAGCUGUUUUAACAAUUAAUUAUGGUGGGGCAUCAUGUUCGUAGCUUCGCAUUUAUUCCUAGCUUAGUGGUUGAAGAUGCAAAGUGGAGUAGGGGAGAUUCCGGUCGACCAGCAAGAGCUCACAAAGUACGCGUGGUGUUUAACGUUAAUGAAAGGGAUGCCGAGCGAGUAGAAAACGCCUUCAGUGACUUUGAAGUGAGAAGAUCAGAAGCAUGA